UUCACAUUUCGUACAACAAGUUGUUUUCUCUCCUCAGAUGUUGCCGCAGAGAAGUCAGAGAGCAGAGAAAAUGUGACUCUGUGUUCUUCUCUCAACACACAGGGAGGCCGCUGCAGUACAGGGCCUCUGCUCUUGUCGGUGUCUUCUGAGAAAUCCUCUUUCCCUCGCUUCCUUGCUUUUUUCUCCGCUUUCACUUCACCUUAUUUUCCGUGGUACUUUCGAGGUCGCGUUGAUGCAUGUCUGCUCGCGUUUGGAAAUCCAGCGCAACCGGAGACAGCCAGGAACCCCCGAGAGAGAGAGAGACCCCAGAGUCCCGUUCUCUUCGCUUUCUCGGCCUUGUGCCGAUCUUCAUUUCUUUCGGUUUUUUUGGAACUUCAUUUUCUCCCGAUUUUCACCUCUGUCAGACUUAUAUCUUGGAUUUUUUCCGAAUUUUUUCGGAUUUCCUUUCUUUCGGACUUUCGUUGUUCUGGAUUCUCACUUUUUUUUGUGCAGACAUGAAUGCAGUCAGGCCGUCGUUUGCAGUGCUUCAGCUGUGUCUGGCCUUUGGUCUCUCCGCCCAAGUUUUUCCCUCUGCUUGUCUGUCUGUUCGUGGAGACUUCAAGGGAAGACUUCUUCUCGAGCAGAAUGCACCUUCUGUCCAAUCUCACUCGUCUCUCCUGUCUCCCUUUCCUCUUGCCUUUGUCUCACCGUCCUCUUUCACGCCACCACGGCGAGUACCUUCUAUCUCUGCUUCCUCUCCCUCUUCUUCCUCUUCCUCCUCCCCAUCCUUUUUUUCUCCUUUUCCUUCCUCGUAUCCCUUCUUUUCUUCAUCUUCUUCGUCUUCGGUCUCUUCUCUGUCUGCUUCCCCGUGGUUUUCUUCUUCGGCUGCCUCUUCUGCCUCAGCUCUCCACCGCUUUCGCAGCUGGAGCGCCUCUGGCGCGCUGCCGGCUUUUUUCAGAGGAGAUGAGAAGGAACGGCGAGGGAGAGAGGAACGCGGCAAACAGCGGAGAGAGGCGGCAAGCAGCAACUCCUCUUUUCAACCGAGAGAAGCCUCACGCGAUGUAACACUGGACGUCUUGGCGGCGCCACAUACGCUCUUGCGUCUUCCUGCGCAUCCCGAGGCAGACUGGCAGGCGAAAGAGACAAAGGAACUUGCCAAGGACUUACUCGCUGUCAUGUACAGAGACGGAGGAGUAGGCCUCGCUGCUCCUCAGGUGGGCGUCAGUGUGCAGAUGAUUGUGUGGAACCCAACCGGCGACGUCCGAGAGUCUUCUCGCGAGCGGGUGUUUCUGAAUCCUCGGCUUCUCUCGCUUUACGGUCCCCUGGUCUCUGACGUCGAAGGCUGCCUUUCUGUCCCUGGAGUAUUUGCGCCCGUAGAAAGGCCGCUGCAUGCACGCGUGCGUUACACCAGUCUUGAAGGGAUUCAACGCGAGGCGACUUUGUCGGGGCUGGAGGCGCGAGUUGUCCAACACGAAAUCGACCAUCUCCACGGCAUUCUUUUUGUAGACAGAGUCCACAGAGGUGAACGCAGCGCACACACAGCGUUUACUUUUGCUGGUGGCGAGAAAACUAUGUAGAAAGGAUCUCGAGACGCAUUCUCCGCAUCUCUAUCCAUGCGCAUGUAUAUAGGGAUCUGUUCAUACCGAUGUGUAGGGGCAGUGUUAUCUGUGAAGCGGUGGCCGUCAAAGGCAUCCUGUGUGAGGACUGUUGGCGCGCAGCACUCGUGCAUGGCAUUUUAUGGAAGCACACUUAGACCCGCUGGGGUAUCCCGUUUCCAACGAUGCCUGAGAAUUGCGUGAUUUGUCGUUUUUUAACGGGGAAGGGAAGUAGCCGUGAAACCAAGAGUCAUACAGUUCGUUGCGUUCCCUACAUGCACCGGCUGUGCAGUGGCGCGCUCGGCAGCUGAGAUGGUGGAGAGUCCGAGAACCGGUGAUUUUUGUGGGAUCGAUGGUGCAUACGGG